AUGUCAGACGAUUUGAAGCAAGUAGUGAACCAAUUGCAAGACAGAAUCACCCAGUUGGAAAAGAAGGCCGGAAUCGUUCCAAAUGUUCCCAAAUCCAUUAGAAUGGUGUUGAUUGGACCUCCUGGUGCUGGAAAAGGAACCCAAGCUCCAAACUUGAAGGAAAAGUUUUGCGCUUGUCACUUGGCUACUGGAGAUAUGUUGAGGGCACAGGUGACAGCCAAGACCGAGUUGGGUGUCCAGGCCAAAAAAAUCAUGGACCAAGGUGGUUUGGUGUCUGAUGAGAUCAUGGUGAACAUGAUCAAGUCCGAGUUGGAAAACAACAAGGAAUGUUCCCAGGGAUUUAUUUUGGACGGGUUCCCAAGAACCAUUCCCCAGGCCGAGAAAUUAGACUCCAUGUUGGAGGACAGAAAGACUCCUUUGCAAAAAGCUGUUGAGUUGAAAAUCGAGGACCAAUUGUUGGUGGACAGAAUCACCGGUCGUUUGGUUCACCCAGCUUCGGGAAGAUCUUACCACAAGCUCUUCAACCCACCAAAGAAGGAGAUGACCGACGACCAGACCGGCGAGCCAUUGGUGCAAAGAUCCGACGACAACGAGGAAGCGUUGAAGAAAAGAUUGGGUACCUACCACAAGCAAACCGAGCCUAUUGUCGAGUACUACAAAAAGUCGGGCAUCUGGUCAGGAAUUGACGCUUCUCAAAAGCCCUCCAAGGUGUGGACUGACAUCUUGAAAUGUUUGGGCCAGUAA